GAAUGGGGAUGGCAGUCCGACCAGCAGCUCCGGACCUGCGGGCUUCACAGAGGGACGGUGCUCAUGAACGGGAGCCGGCACAGAGACGCUGUUCGCCGCUGAGCACAGAAGAAACCUCCGCUCACACUGAAGCAGCUGAAUGUGACUGAAGGUUUAAUGAGCUGCUUCCCUCUGAGACGCGUCUCUCCCUGGACUCUGUGCGACAUGGAAAACGGCUGUGAGGCUGGGAGACCCUAACGAGGAAACGAGGUAAAAGGGCAACAACGAGGAGCCGUCUGUGGUUGGUUAGCAGAAGGUUCCUUGAUCCUGCAAUGCCAGAAGAAGUUAAUAAGGACACCAUGAGAACGCCAGCGACCCCAGAGAAGGCCAACAACAGCGAGCGCCCUGCAGCCCACGUGACCACCGUGAACAUCCCGCUGGUCAAUGAGGUCCAGCUGACCGCGGCCACCGGCGGGACCGAGCUGUCCUGCUACCGCUGCACCGUCCCGUUUGGCGUGGUGGUCCUCAUCGCCGGCAUCGUGGUCACCGUCGUGGCCUACAGCUUCAACUCACACGGAUCCACCAUCUCCUACUUCGGCCUGGUGCUACUGUCGGCCGGACUGGUCCUCUUAGCGUCGAGCGCCGUCUGCUGGAAGCUGAGGCUGGAGAGGAAGAAGGAGAGGCGACGGGAGAGCCAAACCGCCCUGGUCGCAAACCAGAGGAGUAUUUUCACUUGAACAGGCAGUUUGGGCGACACGUGACCCGGUUUUGUGAGUCUGGAAAGGCCUGAUUUUGAGAUUGAGCUGGAGAACCAUCUGUGGGCAGAUGUUGUCCAGCGUGCGUUGGAUUCCCGACCUGUAAAAGCUUUGACCGCAGACUCUCGAGGCCCAGAACUUCAAGCUUUGAAGACAUUGUAAGGGAUUUAUUUGUCAAACAGACGUCGAGCAUCUGGCGAGCCGGGAACGCAGCCAACAGGAAUGUAUCACAAUUAAGAUGAAUUACCACUGUGCGAAGCGAUGUCGAGGAAGUGUCCCAUUAAUCUGCUGUUGGAUGUGGCGGCUUUGAUUGUAAUUGGAGGGAUUGUGGUUUGAAAGGCCCGACGUUGGAGAGGAAAACUGGAAAGUCCAGGACAAUGAUUCAUGACUCAUUUACUACUCCGCUUCAACGUGGACACAUCUGUUUAUUAAGUCUCAGUGUGUGUUAUGAGUAGGCUGUGCUGGAAGUAUGGUACUCAAUAUAAAGACUGUUCAACAUCUGGCAACAUAUUCAGUUCAGGUUAGAUGGCACAUGAUAUACAUAGAGAGAAUAUUUAACCUCUCAUAUAUAUUCUCUGAAAGCACUUUGAACCUUCAUAAUCAUCAUAUUCAGCAUUAAACGACAUCUAUUAACAAAGUAAAUCAAUGAUUCAUCCAGUUUGCCUAAUUAGGCAAAUUUGGAACAUCAAACUUAAUAUCGUCCAGUGUACUUCCAUUGUGUAAAAACUAUUAAAUGUAGCAUAUGUUUUGUUUUGAUGUAAUCAUUUGCAUGUAUUAACUCUAAACGGACGUUAUGAGGUUUAAUAAACUCAUUGAUACACGCGUAAUAAGCCGAGAAGAACAAGUUGGAGUGUUUUUUAAGAAGCCGAUUGAUCCUGGAUUGGUUGGGGCAGAUGCUAAUAUUCCCGUUGAUGGAACGGUUAGCCUAGCUUAGCAUAAAGAGAGCUAGCGUAGAAGUUUAAAAAUACGCCUGCCAUGAUCUGUAAAGCUCAUUAAAUUAACACACUGUAUCUCGUUUGUUUAAUCCGCACAAACAGAAACAUGAAACUGACAGUUGGCGGUUUAUCCGUCUCCCCAGCUACGUCUCUGGCUGUAGCGCAGGUUGCCAGAUCGAGUCGACAGUGGUCACAAACCUGGCAACCUCACUGUGACAGCAAGACUUCAGAAAGAAAGAAACACUGUUGGUUUGAAUUGAUGAAUACUUAAUGACCACUGUUGUUUUUCCCUUUUUAGUUAUGGAUCGAACAAACGAGAUGUAGCAGGCUAAUCAGAGCCAGGCUAGCUGUUUCCAGUGUCUAUGCUAAGCUAAGCUAAGCACAUCCUAACUCUGUACCGAUUUUGAUGUUAUUUUCUGGGGGAAAAGCGGAUUAUUGUUUUUGAAAAUGUUAUAAAGAUAUUUUUGUCAAAAUUAGGGCGAUACAUUGAGCCUUUCCUGAAAUAUUUUUAAUUAGGAUUCCUUUAAUGUAUUUUGGAGAAUUGACUAAAAUAUACUGAACUGAACAUUUUACAUUCUAAAAAUAAACUUGUCUUUGCUCUCAGGUGGACAGACGGGGUUUAAAGAGGACACUUGCUGUUAUUACUGGCCCACAUCUGCACUGACACUGACUCGUCCGGGCUUCUUUUAAUGUUUAUAGGAAAUCUGACUCUUGAUGAGUUUGACGUCAGUGUUUGUAUUUCUUAGAGACGGUUUAUGGGUCAGACCAGCGAUGAGUUAUUAUAUUAACGUUCAGCUCUUUGCCUUCGGUGCUGAAUUGAAGGAAAUGUUUCUUUCUGUCGUGACGUACGUGGGUGUGCCGGACUCUUCACACAAAUAUACAGACUGUCUUAUGUUGAUUGCUUUAAAUAAUCAAACCGUGAUUAAAAAAAA